CCAAGAGAGGCCCUGGGGUCGCGCUGGGCGCCCGACGGGCCCUCCCCAGGGACCCGCCUGCCCCACACCGCCCCGCCUCGCCGGGCGCUCCGCAUCAGGUGCCCCGGCCCCAGCCCUGCCUGCGGGCUCCAGGCUCCUGGGGCGUCCAGAGGAUGCUCAAGCCACCUGCGGGGACCUCGGGGCAGCAGUGAGGUCCUCUCCUCCUGUGCCAGGAGCUCCCCCAGGGGGCCGAGCAUGGUGGUUUUCCCUUGGACCCUCCUGGCUUGGGACGUCUGAGAAGAUGCCUGCCAUGAGGCUGUUCACUUGCUUCCUGCAGCUCCUGGCUGGGCUGGCACUGCCCGCUGUGCCCCCCCAGCACUGGGCCUUGUCUGCUGGGAAUGGCUCAUCAGAGGUGGAAGUGGUGCCCUUCCAGGAGGUGUGGGGCCGCAGCUACUGCCGGGCACUGGAGAGGUUGGUGGACAUCGUGUCAGAGUACCCCGGCGAGGUGGAGCACAUGUUCAGCCCAUCCUGCGUCUCCCUGCUGCGCUGCGCCGGGUGCUGUGGUGACGAGAAUCUGCACUGUGUGCCCGCAGAGACCGUCAAUGUUACCAUGCAGCUCCUGAAGAUCCACUCUGAGGACCGGCCCUCCUACGUGGAGCUGACGUUCUCUCAGCACAUCCGUUGCGAGUGCAGGCCUCUGUGGGAGAAGAUGAAACCAGAAAGGAGGAGACCCAAGGGCAGGGGGAAGAGGAAGAGAGAGAAGCAGAGACCCACAGACUGCCACCUGUGCGGCCAUACUGUUCCCCGGAGGUAACCGGCCCCUCAGAGGAGAGACGUCUCACCCCCGGCUCCUGUAUUUAUUACGGCCACACUCAGUUACCUCCCUGCUGACACCUGCCCUCUAUUUAUUAGCCAAUUGUAUCCCUGCUGAAUGACUUGCUCCCUCCACAAUGAGGGGCAUGGAGGGACAGGACCCUCAGGAAUUCAGUGCCUUAAACAGAACGUGAGAGAAAGAAGGCAGCCCCAGACCCACGUGCGCUGCAGCUGGAGAAGAAGCAAGACCUACG